AUGCCGCAAUUCAUGAAAGAUGCCGAGGAGUGUAUUCAGAAAAUGGGUUCCGUAGAAUUGCAGGAUCUACUCAAUAAAAAGGAUGAUACUAUUCGUCAUUUAGAAGCCAAGCUUAAAGUUAAGGAUAAUGAAAUCGUGGAGCUCAAGUCGCAACUGGAUAAAUUCCAGAGUGUUAUGCCGUUUGCGACAGGAGCAGCGGCAGGCAACACUAAAGUCCGGGCACGCAAGACCAGGGCCCAGGGCAUCUCUGCUGAACCCCAGACGCUGAAGACCGUACAGGAGCUGGCCAACCUCAGCCAGACAACCUUCCCAGAGGUCCCUAAAUCUGCAAGCUGGGUGAACUUGGGGGUGUCCCGGUCUCGCACCAACGAUCUUUAG